GUGUCCUGACGUCAGGCGGGCAGGAAGCCGCGCUGCGGGCCGGCCCUGCGCGGAGCGGGUGGGGACGGGCCGGCCGGGCCAGCCCUCCGAGAAGAGGAAGCUCUGGAGCCAGGCAGCCUUCCCAGCGGGGCCGGGCCGGGGCCGGGCGAGGCCGGCAUGCGCGGGCGCUGCUGAUGGCCGCUCGGGGCCGCGGGGCCAUGUCCCCGCCGCAGCCGCCCCUGCGCCCCGGAGCGGGCUGCCCCCCGGCUCUCUACAUUCACAGCAUGCCAGCCUGGGUGCUGGAGGAUUUCUGCCAGAAGAUGGACUGCCUGAGUGACUACGACUGGAUGCGGUUCGCCUCCUACGUGAUAACUGAUCAGACAGAGCUACGGAAAAUCAAGUCCAUGGAGAAGACGGGGAUCAGCAUAACACGAGAGCUCAUGUGGUGGUGGGGAGUGAGGCUGGCGACAGUGCAGCAGCUCCUGGACCUGCUGCAGGGGCUGCAGCUCUACCGGGCAGCUCAGGUCAUCCUGGACUGGACAUCGGCCUCUAAUAUCCCCAACUCUGGAAAAGAAGAGCUGGUAGAGCCACCUAAACAGGAGAACAUCUCUUUAACUCCCACAGGAAACAAAAAUAAAGAUAAAGAAAAUGAGAUGAGUCUGUUGCCAGCGCCAGACUCUUCACACCUGGAAGUGUCACCAGCAGGUGUUUCAGGUGCUGUUUCUGAAGGAGCCUUGUAUUCACUCCCUUCUCCACCACCUCCCCCAAGAGACCUUUUGAAAUCCCUACAGUCAAAUCCUCCUGUCUCAUCAAGUGUGAAGCCUUGCAGCUCGUCUGCUCCUCAGCAGGAGACGAUGAUGGAUCUCCCCAGCGGGAGCCUGUUGUGGACCCAGAGGGAAGUCACUAAUGCCACAAAUGGUUUCAGUGACAAGAGCAGGAUCUGUGAAGGUACUUUUGCAGAUGUCUACAAAGGUCAGAGGAACAAUAUGGUGUAUGUCAUCAAAAGACUGAAGGAGGUGGAGUGCACCAGCCCGGAUUCCACCCAGAGGUUCUUCCACACAGAAGUGCAGAUCUGCUUUCGGUGUUGUCACAUCAACAUUUUGCAGCUGCUGGGUUUCUCAGUAGAAACUGGAUUGCACUGCCUGAUAUAUCCAUACCUGCCUAAUGGAUCCCUGCAAAACAAGCUGCAGUGUCAAGAUGGUUCUGCUCCUUUGACCUGGGAGAUGCGAAUCAGCAUUUCUCUAGGACUGAUCCGAGCUGUAGAGUAUUUACAUAAUUCUGGAAUUCUUCAUGGGAAUAUCAAAAGCUCAAAUGUCUUGUUGGAUGAAAACUUCACCCCAAAGCUUGGACACUCGGGUCUGCGAUUGUGUUCUGUUGAUAAAAAAUCAACAUAUGCUGUGAUGAAAACCAAAGUCCUACAAGCUUCUCUUACUUAUCUGCCAGAAGACUUUGUCAGACAUGGGCAGUUAACAGAAAAAGUGGAUAUAUUUGGCUGUGGUGUGGUCUUAGCAGAGAUACUGACAGGGAUUAAGGCACUGGAUGAAGCAAGACACCCCAUUUAUCUGAAAGAUAUGAUUGCCAAUGAAAUUGAAACAGUGAAGGAAAGCUUGUGUUCCAAAGUGAAAAAUGUUGAAAAGCUGGCUGCCAAGGAGAUCUGCUGUAAAUACCUAGACAGGAGAGCAGGCCACUUGCUGGAGGAGGUUGCUGUUGAUUUUGCUUCAGCCAUCUGUCUGUGUCUGAGAAAGAAGCGUUCCACCGCAGCAGAGGUGCUUGAAACUAUGGAAAUGGCUGAAAAUAAACUAACAGAGCAUUACCUCUGUGGAGGCAGCAUUUCUGGAUUCUCCAUUAACACUCCCGAAGAAACUGAUGAUGAGACAGUGAGCACGGAGGUGGCUCCUGCCGGGCAGAGGCGGGAGGGCAGGACGCAGCCGGCGGCCGCGAGCGGCACCAGCCCACGCGCGCUGCGGGCGGGACGCGUCUCGCCUGGCGAGUGCUGCGGACAGGUGUCCAGGGUCCCCUGCGAAUCCGACGAGUCGAGCAGCUUUAUAUGGAAUCCUUCAGAGAGAUCUGCAGAUGAGCUGUCCAGCAACAGCUCUCACGAGGCAGGGAACGUGGCAGCCUCUGAGCCGAAGAUGAAGCAGGAAAAACCUGCGAAUGGGCUCCAGGAGAGAAGUGCUGCCUGCACCAAAAGUGCCCACGCCUCGGAAGCAGCGGCUGCUGCGCAGAGCACCUUUCCAGAAAGGAAUGCAGACCUGGACUCCUCGUGUUCUUCACAAGCAUUAAGCAGAGAGACAUCUUGGAAAAUAGAGAUAAAUGAUCAAAAAAAGAAGCUCAUGGAAAAUAUUUUGCUGUAUGAAGAAGACAAAUUAAACAGUUCUGAACUUUUUGAAUCAUAAAUUGGAUGGACUUCUCAGCAGUGGCCAGCUCAGAAGAAGAAAUUAGGACUUUCUCUCCUUUAGAAAGACAGUACAAGUGCCUUUCAUGUAAGGUGAAGUAGCAGAUCCGGAUCAGAAACGUGAGCCCUGACUGAAGGAAGCAAAAGUGAUCCCACUGGGAAGAAACAGAAAACAUCAUUUCUGAAGCAGAUUGAAGCACAGUGCUGCUCUGCAGCCAGAAAUGCCUUAUUCCUCUCAAUCUGCAGUGCAAAAAGCUACGCAGACACAAACAGCUGCCAAAAUAGUUUAUGAUCCUUUUCCAAAGAGCAACUACACAUGAUGUAUGUCUUGGAAACCACAGUCCAGAAGUUGUGGGGCAAGUGAUCAGCAGCCAGUGAGCAAUACCCUUUGUUGUCAUCCUGCUGGGUACCAGCAGGCAGAAAUCUUCAGAGGUUGGAGCAGGGCUCAGGUUUCAAAUUCAUCUGUCCCAUACUGUGUAAUCUUGGCCUACGUACUGAGACCCACCACAUUGCCAGGGAGGGGAAUUGGUAUGGAAGUUCUCAGAUGUGUUCCACGUGACUCAGUCUCCAUUUGAAUUGCACUGGAAUAGCUGUAAGUGAAGAAUUUAAGCUGUGUUAGUCUAGGAGCUGCUCUACUACGUACCUACACGUGACACUGUUCAAAGUCCAGCCUUCAAGUUUCACUGUCAGGGGCUGAGACAGUGUUUGAUACUUCCUAAAAGCAUUUUUGGAAGGUGAUUUUUUCCUAAGUGUCCUUUACAUGUUGUUAAGGUUUCUCAUUGAAUUUCACGUGGUAACUUGUAAAUCUUGGACUAGAGACAAGGCUUUAAUUUAAAAUAUCUUUAAUUUUCGUUAUAUGUCACUUGAAAUUAGUUUUAUUUAUUUUGGCAAUGGGGGAAAGAACUGGUGAGAGAGGAGCUCAUACGUGGGCCUGUUCUGGUGCCACACUCACCACAUGCUCUUAGAGGAGUCAUAGUGCCUGUUUUAAUCUUAACUUGGCAAAUCUAUACAUUACUAUUUACUAAUACCUUUGUGAAUAAAAAAACCCGAAAAAAACCCUUCCUUUAUAGACUGCUUUUUCGUGAUUUAUGGCACAUAAAAAUGUCUCUCAAUCCAGCCUAUUUAGGCAAGUUUGUGUUGGUAGGGAAGCAGCUCAAGGUCUGUUUGCACACACUUGUUCCUUAGUAAUUUUUAAUACAAACAUGUUUUUCAGUCUUCAUUCACUGUUAAAUAGCUGAUUUUUUCCUCUUGAGGUGUCCCUAGAGAAAAAUUUCACUCUAAAAUUAUUAAUUACAGGGAUUACUGAUUUAAAAUUGACCUUUAUUGCUGUUUAGAUGCAUAUAGUAUUCUAGUAGUAUAGUAUUAUAGUAUUCUUUAUCCUUAAGACACUGUAGCUCUUUGUCAAGCAUGAAGGACAACUCUGCUUUUUUUUUUUUCCCAUGAACACUAGAACAAGGUCACAGAAUAUAAAUUUUUAAAAAAUAUAGUUGUUACAGAACUGUAGAACUGUGCAAGUAAAACUAAUUUGGAGACCAGUACCUCCCAAAGGUGGUGAUAAAACCCAGAGGCUGAAUAUGAUCCUGUGUGGUUGGUGAAUGGUAAGAAUUAGCAAUUAAUUGGCACAUUAUUCUGUGUUUUCUUGUACAUUAAGUUUUAGUAAUGUGAAUAACUAGAAACAUGUAGUAUCACAUCUACUAGCGAAACUAAGAAGGCAUCUGAAUGUGCAGAGCCUGCAGAAAGCUGCAUUACACAGUGUUCAAGGCUCCUAAUUGCUGUGUAACAAACCAGCCAGUGUUUCUGUAACCAUUGUCUGCAGCUUAUGUCUCUGUCCAUUGUACAAAACCAGUUUUGUAUCUAAAAUGGGUGAAAUGUUCUCGGUCUAUUUCUUACUUCAGGAAUUGUCCUGGUUUUGUAAAGCCCAGCCUAGUGAUGAACCAUUACAGGAAAAGGAGAAAAAGACAAACAUUAGGUCAUUCUUUAGAUUGGGGAACUGUUACAGUUGAAGUGACUGGCUAUUUUUCACUUCCCUAAUCUAUAAAGAAUUAAACAUUUAAAUUCAUUAUGAAAUACUAGCUGCUCAUUUUGAGGGACCUGGACUGUGAUGUGAUGUUACUAGCUGGUUUUUUGCUUGCAUAGGAACUGGGUUGAUUAUAGCUUAAUUAGUCACCUUAUUUCAGUUUCACAAUUGCAUCCUCAUGUCAAAUUAGUGGAAGAAGACAGCUUUGCUUUUCCUAAGUUUUUUUGAAAACCAAAAUAAUGCUGCAUCCUCAGUUGGGGAUGGAUUGCAGCUGCAGAUAAGUCCUGUGGUGGCUGCAUUUGCCUUUUCCCAAGGUGAUCUUUAAUAAAUAAAUACAUAAAUAAAUUGUUAUAUUAAAUUAUUAGUAAGAAUGAACCACAGUGUAAUCACAGCAACAGUCCAGAUGCCCUUGUUUUUUAAAACUUAUGUCAAUAUGGGGAAAAAGAAGAAUUUUAGGAAUUUUUCAGUGAUUGCUGCUGGUGCAGUUCACUGCUGCCAGCCCAAGUAUCUGUGUGCCAGCUAGUUCUGAUAAUCAUGCAACUUACUGUUCUUGAAAGUCUUUUACUGACAUUUUUUAUGGAUGUGGUUCUGUAUCCAAGCAAGUUAACUGGAGAACUCACUCCUCUGUUUUUCUUUGUCUUUUUUUUUUUUUUUUUUUUUUUAAACUGGAAGAGAUAUUAGAUGGUUUCCUUGAUAAGAUCCAUAUUGACAAAUGGAUCAAUUUGUCAAUAAAGCAAUGAAGCUAAUUUGGCAGCUGAAA